AUGUUAACCAUUAAAAAACGACAGCCGACUUCAUUUGACACUCAUCGGAAACGGGCAAAACGCAUUAUCAAGCACACUGACCUUAUCGGAGAAGGAGAACACUUGGCUGGUGGUCUCGCAUCAAUUGUCGUUUUUGCAAUUGUCAUAUAUUCUAUCGUUUUUGCCGUCUAUUAUUUUUUUUCGUAUUCCUCCGACAGCACAUGGAUUCGUGAAGCAUGUAACGACAGUCUACGAAAUACGAAAUUUGAUAAUGCUUUGCAGCUGCCAUUACCGGAUCCCAAAGGACACGAUUGGAAAAUUUUCCAAUUGCUCAACCACCAGAACUUCACCAUGGCUGUCGAUUUAAUAAAUACUGGAGCGAAAUGUGAUCAUAUCGAUGUUCAUCACAAGAAACAUACAGGUCAUUCUGAAAAAUUAAGCAAAACAUAUUGUAACGAUUUAAACAAUAGUUUCAUAACGUCAUUCAGUUUUCAAAUACCCACUCAUAUUUCUACUGCUCAAGUUGCUAUUAAUGGACCCUAUUUUAUUGGGGCUAUUCGACUUUGUCUGCAUGGAUUACCAACAUAUGUAAAUGAUGAAGACGAACAUCGUGAACUAAAGGAACUCGAUGUAUGUACUCUGUUCCAUACAGAUAAACAGACGAUUGGACGUUCAACUUAUUUUAAUGCAGAUUUCGUCAGAGUUGUCAAUGUUACAAAACCGCUGCGACGCAAUCAACAUACAAAUUAUAGUGCUUUAUGGAAACCGAUUACAACAUAUAUCGAUAAUCUGUCUGACGAUUUGUAUUACGCUAAAUACGGGGAAUACUUGCGAUACGCUUCUGAUCAGACGACAUUCACUGUAAAGUUCAAAGAACAAAACUACUAUGUUCAGAACAACAAAUCACCGAUUAUUCGUCGUGGAGCAAUUACUUUUCAUACAUUUAUGUUCAUGUUUUUGCUGAUUGAUACAAUUGCUAUGUUAUUUCUUGUUUACAAACUAUGGGGUCAGCCUCUGGCACAAUGUCUUCUCCAGUUAUGUUAUAAGUCUCGUGAACAUGAACUUCAAUCGAAUCAUACAGAAACGGCUAUUGGAGUAAGUUAUUCAUUCUGGUAUUUUCUUAGUAUAGUUCAAUGGGUGGAAGAGUAUAUGUAUAAUGGAGCCUUUUUUUUUAU